AUGGAGGACAUCAUCUAUCAAGACCAGCAUUCGGAGGAUGGUAAGAGUGAUGUUAGCGACGAUGGCCCCAACGAGUACGCGGGUGAAGUCGCAGUCCCCGUCAAUGAAAUCAACGAGUGGUGCACUUCGGCAGACGCUGGUCCGUCAACUGACAACCAACAUGCCGCGAGCAUUUCACAUGAUGACUCUGAGCCUUCUGGAGAUAAUAUUCCCAGCAAUCUUGUCGAGGCCAACAAUCCUCUGAAUGAAGUCAACGAGUGGUGCACUUCGACAGACGCUGGUCCGUCAACUGACAACCCGUCAACUGACAACCAACAUGUGGCAAGCAUUCCACAAGAGAAUGCCGAACCUUCCGAAGAUGAUGUUCCCGGUCUUCUUGUCGAAAACAAUCGGGACCCUACGCAAAACAUUCUGGUGGAACUGAGCGCUUCGAAAACCCCAGACUGGAACUUUUUUCAAGGGCCUAUGGAGAGAUACACUCGAUUUGAAGUCAGCGAAGGUGUCUUUCUGCCCCCUACAUCAUCACCUGUCGCUGGCGAUGUCUUUGUGAAGGUCUCUAUCCGGUUUCGCCCCGUUGCAGGGAGGUUGAUAUUUGAAGUUUGGAUUCCCAAUCCCAACUUCCAGGCUGACAAGUCUCUCGUCCAUCCCGACAACAUUCUGCACCGUGCGCGGCUGGAGUUUGACCUACAUCCCCCCCAAGAUGUGAACCUUCCACCCUGCGUGGAUCAGAUGGAGAUUGUGGAGCAUUUUCCUCUCGCGGGCAAUGCCGACGAGACUGGUGUGCAACAUGAAGAUCCCUGCUUUGUCGACAUCACAUUCAUUGCAUCAAGAGGCAUUUCGCGCGGACUCCUCGUUCCUGAUGAAGCAUUUAGCGAUACAACCCGGGAACUUCUCUCUUUCCUCCGCUCAUUCGCGGGUGCUCGCUCAAACAAGCCCCGCAAGAUCAAAUUCCGGGUUGAUGUUGAACCCCAACACGUCUCCCGUCUCGAGGGAUUUCUUCAAACAAUCAGCCAAGUCCGUGAUGAUCCUCCAACUUCUGUCGCUUGGAAUGCUUAUCGCUCCAAGUCUGGCAAUGUGAGAUACAUCCAUGGCCAGCAAAAGCCCCGACAGAUUGUACGUCAAGAGUGGGGCAGCGAUUUGGUCAAGUUUAAAGCAGAAGACCACUUCCACGACUUGGAUGAGUACCUCACAAAGAUGGCGUACGGCGCUACUAUUGAAUGGUCCCGCCCCUAUGUGCAAACAGACAGGGUUCAAGAUAUCCAGUGUUCGGUGACCGUGAAAGAAUAUGGUACAAGCGUCAUUGCCAUUGCUGAGCUCUCUAAGACUUCCUUUCGUGAAGCCAACUUGCCAGACAGCCUGAAGGACACCGAGCUGAUCAUUCCCCAUGGAACCACCGUUCAGGUCAUUGUGACUGUUCCCCAGAAGGGUGACAAGCCAAGGAAAGAAAAGACCAAGGGCAUCACCAUUCCCAAUUACGCUGACUUUGGAGUCGGGAACGUCUACAUCGCUCUGUUUGGUAGAAAGCUCCUGAGUUUGGCGCGGGACCAGUCGUGGACGGGACAGCUGCAUUUUGAAGUCAACACAUCACCCCUCAGACGGCAGUUGAAUUGCCUUCAUCUGUUGGAUGGGGAUGAAUUGCGAAAGGAGAAGUGGAUGCCAGUGAUCCUCAAUCAGGAACCGGCAGAGUUGGACGUCGUCGACCCCGUGGCUGAUGUCGAUGAAGAUUCCAUCAACGCUGCGUUCCAAUACGUUUUCAACCUCAAGCCAUGGAACACAGAGCAACAGAGCGCUAUUCGCCUGGCAAGAAAACUCCCCGGACGCUUUGGGCUCAUUCAGGGUUACCCAGGAUGCGGGAAAACGGCCGUCAUGGCAGCCCUUGCACUCUUCUACGUCAAAUGCGGCUUGCAUGUCAUUCUUUGCGGAGCAAGCAACUCUGCAGUUGAUGCACUUCUGAAAGAACUUCAGGCUCUCGAGCCCACCGCAGAUGUCCUUCGCAUUCGCCGAGGUGCAAUUGAGUCACGAGCCAAGCUCCAGCACAACGCGGAAGAGCGAGCCGCUGAAGAGGAUGAGCUUGAGGCGCAUGCUGCAAUCAUCGGACUCUUGAAAGAUAUCGUGGAUACCCAGAAGCGCAAAAUUGAGGGGGAAUUUCCUGACGCUACGGUUUUUCAAAAAGUUUUGGCCAAAGCUCGUCAUGCCAUCCAGAAUGGUAUUACCCUUCAGAUCGACGUCAACACUUCUCCAAGUUCUUCUCCAGAUGAAGAAGACACUGAGCACCGAGCUGAGCUCAAAGAUGCGUACCAGAUUUUUCAUAAAUACCUGAGUUCCCCGAGAGCUUCCAAGCCCAAGAUGGGCGACUCUGAAAGGGAUGCCUGGUAUAAGAACGAGCGCGAAUUCAAAAAGGCCUACGAGGCGAUUUCAGCCGAAGUGAACAAGUGUUCCAAAAUUGUCGCUUGCACCAACAAUCUGGCAGGCACAGAACUAGUGAGGAAGCACUUUGCGGAAAGCAGCAACGGAAUCAUGGUUCUCGCCGACGAGGAUGGUCAAGCGAUCGAGAUUGACGCUUUGAUUCCUAUUAUGUACCUGGAUGCCAGCAACAAAGUGAAGGGCACCAUCCGUGGAGGCGACCGUCACCAACUCCCUCCACUUGUUCUCACUGCUCAAGAAUCGCCAGGUUUUAACGAAUUCGGUCCCCAAAUUGCCACGUCGUUGUUCGACCGACUUCUCAAGAACAACUUCCCAUCGGUCACGUUGUCUCGUCAGCAUCGUAUGAACCCGACUCUUGCGAUGUUUCCAUCGGCCUUCACCUACAAAGGAUCAAUGAAAAACGAUCCUAGCGUGUCCCGACUUGUCAUUCCACAGAAUUUCGAGGCAGCUCUCCUGAGAUGGUGCAAAGAGCACACUGGCCGACUUGUCAAGUCUCUCAACGGGAAUACACUCGCUCUCCAUGUGGAUGGCACAACAAGCACGAACGCAUUGACUUGCUCCCGCUCAAACAGCGCAAACGUGGCAGUCGCAAUGGACCUCCUCGAAUCGCUCGUCAAGGACGAAGCAAAUACAGACUUAUCCAUCGCGAUCAUUGUCCCCUACGCCGACCAGCGAGUUCUCUACGUACGUGCCCUCCUCCAGAUGGCAAAGGGGCUCGGCCGAGACAUUCAGAGACACGUCAGCAUUAAGACAAUCGACAGUAUCCGGGGUGGAGAAGCCGAUGUGGUGAUCCUAGACUGGGUCGUGUCUGGAGCUGAACGCAAUGCUGAUCUCGGUUUCACCAGAGACAAUCGAAGGGCAAACGUCGCAUUGACUAGAGCCCGUCUCUUCCUUGUGACUGUGUCCCACAGCGAGCUCUGUUCUCCCGAGGCUGCGCUCAAUAAAAUCCAGAAGCCAGUAGAGAAAGAAGCAGAGAUUCUGGCUCACUGCAAGCAGUUCGGAGGAGACGCCAUUAAGUGUUGUUGGAGUCACUGUCCUAAGUACUUCUUCGAGAUUGGCUCCAACGACGCUCCCAUUGACGACGCUCCCGUGGACGACGGAGAAGUCGCAUGGUGA